AUGAACGAGGAAGUAAAGAAGCAGUGCAGCACCUGUGGUAAACCAUCGCUACAACGUUUGGUAUCAAAGAGUGCUGGAGUAAUAUUUAAGGGAAGUGGUUUCUAUGUGAAUGACAGCAAAGCAAAGCCUAGUGCUAGCGUACAAGGAAGCAGCAAAGACACGGCCUCUUCUAAAGAACAAGACUCUAAGGCAAAAGAAGCAAAUUUCCAUACAGAAAAUGGAGAAGUGAUCGAGAAUUUCCAUCUCUUCUAUACAAGUUAUGGAUAUCUCAAUAAGAAAAGGGAUAACGUAGUAUGGUUUAUACAUCCGCUUACCUCUACCAGCGACCCCAUGCAGUGGUGGGGCGGAGUUGUUGGUCUAGGACAUAUCUUUGAUCCGCAGAGGUAUUUUAUUAUAUGUGUUAAUAACCCCGGAUCCCCCUACGGAUCCACUUCACCGCUCGAUAUAAACCCCCGUAGUGCAAAACCGUACUACCAUGAUUUUCCCACGCUUACCAUAAGAGAUGUAGUACAGUCCUUUGAAGUACUGCGGGAGGCACUGCACAUUGAUGUCGUACGAAUAGCAUGUGGAGCUUCUAUGGGGGGGCAAAUUCUGUACCAGUGGCUCUGCAGUUACCCCAGUGCUAUCUCCAGUGCCAUUAUUAUUGCAGCAAGCCCCGUUAUAUCGACAUGGAUGUUGGCUUCUCACCAUAUACAGCUACAGAGUAUUUAUGCCGAUCCUACAUGGAAAGAAAGACACCCAGAUGCAG